AUGUUGUUCACCAAAGCAGCUCUCUGCAUUUCUUCACUCAUCCUCCUCACCUCCGCGCAAGAGCCUGAGGAUGCCAUAGUCAAAGGACUGACCUCUGGUCGCACGCGCACUCCCAUAUCGACGAGCAAACUCAUGACGCGAUCCUUGGACAAGCGCUGCUCAGGAUCCUGUGAGGAAUGCUUCGGAAGCGGAUAUACCCUCUGCCCCGGGAGCAGUAUCUUCUGCUACCUCCCCGGAGAUGACUUCUACGGCAUUGAGUCCUGCUCGACCGACAGCUCAGAUACGGGCAGCAGCUAUACGACGAGCGCGGACGCUUCGACAUCAACCUCAACUAGCAGCAGUGGCUACGACGACAUCUGCUCCCAGACCGGCGCAACAUGCACGUCGUGUUUUGGCUCAGGAUACCUGGAAUGCGCCGACGGAUACCACUGCUACAAUCCCGACGACCCACAAUAUGAUACAUGUCCGGAUGACUCCACUGGCAGCUCGGACAGCGGGAGUAGUGGUAGCAGUGGCUCAUCGAACAGCAGCUGUGCCGACACAUAUGGUGCAGGGAAUAUUGCUUGCGGCACUGACUCAUGCUACAACCCCGAAGACGGCGAAGUCUGUUGCCAGGAUGGCUAUUAUUGCACCUCCGGAUAUACAUGCUCCAGCACUGUUGGGAAGUGCUGCGCUCCUGGGUCGACCUCAUCAUCGUGCUCUGGCUCAAGCGGUCUCUUCUCCUCAUCGACGUAUGAUUUCUCCGACUACACGACUACAUCGGAUUUCUCGCUGGCAACGUCGACGAGUGGGUUCGGAGGGCUGGUGACAUCGGCUACCACGACAGCUAGUGGGUCGUCGUCGACAGGUAAUUCAGUCUUGAGCCAGGAUACUGGAAGCGAUGCUGUCGUGGUUGCGGUGGGCAAGGGACUUUUGGUCGCUGCUGGUGUCGGGGUUUUGGUGCUGUGA